AUGAUUUGACAGGCAUUAACGAGAGCAAACACCACGCACACACAUUAUAGUUGUAUGCACGAAAACGACAGAGAUUAAGUACUUUGUGCAUAAAACACACAGAAAGCAAAAUCCCGAGAAAAAAAUACGAAGGAAUUUCAACCGUACGAUUGUGAUUAUUCGAAAAUAAAUAAACAAAAUCAACAAUUAAUCUGAUUGCAACGCAUUUGAAAUAAAACCAAUCAAGCAAUCAGCAGAAUCUCCAAAUUGUUUAUGAAUUUUGGCGGUUGUUGUUUAUUUUUCGGGUUUUGUGUAUUGUAUUGUGUAUAGUCUCGUUUUCGUGUUAGUCGUAAAAUCAACGCGCAAAAACAUUUGAAUGCUACGCAUUUCAUGUGGUUGCCCAUUGGCAUUACAUUGGUGCGACUGAGAAUAAAAUUCACACACAUACUGUCGAGUUAAACACACACACACGCACACAAACGUUUGCUGGUGUGUGCAAAAAUCAUCAAAACAACAAACCAUUUGUACGUGUUUAUAUGUGGUUUUGUGCACGAAGUGAGAAGAAGAUGUGAAUUUUUACGGCUGCAAACACUAAAAAAACAAUAUAUGAUGACAUUUUCGAUAAAUUAGUUGAAAUUCCAAUAAAAAUUAGUGGAACAUUUUUUUUUCCAAAGUCAAAAAUAUUUUGAAACAUCCAUCGUCACAACGCCAAUUUCGGGAAAAGUGGAACAAAAGAAAAAUUGUCGCAGAUUUAGAUUUUACCAAGUAACAGCAUCAGCAGGAUAGAGAAAAAAAAAGAAAGGUUAAAUCUGAAACGCGUAAAAAAAAAAACACACCACAACGAUGUAUCACAUGCAGCAUUUUGGAAAGCGAAAGUUCGUUGGAGUACAAACGAGCCCAUCGGAUUUUUAUGCAUCGCCAAAGAAUCAAAGGUUGCGACCGUGUCGUGAAAUUUCCCUCACCGAAGACGAUGUGCCCGUUCGGAAAUUGUUCUUUUCCAUGCCUACAGCUGAUAUCACGCAAAAAUUGCUGAUGCGACAUUUCGCACUGUUUGGCCCGAUCGAUACCUUCACACUGCAUCUCAAGCUGAGCUAUUGCUAUGGAUUCAUCCAAUUCAAAAGUUUGUACAGUGCAACGGCCGCGCUACGAAGCCAACAUCACUAUGUGGCCGGAUAUCGAAUCAAAGUGAGCAUGGCGGAUACAUGGCAUCAGCCCGUUACAACCACCGAUGAUGUUGGCACACAAAACGAUGAAGCCGUCGAACGGGAAUCAUCAAGCCAGGUGGAUAAUCAAUUGCUGCAUAUUCUUGAUUUGAACGACGACUGCCUGUUUGAUAUAUUCAAUAUGUUGAACUGCAUCGAUUUGAGCUCCGUGGAUCAGACGUGCAUGCGUUUCCAACGGGUGGCCGGUGAUGUGUUUGGUAAAAAACACACCGCCAUCAAUUUAACCAUGACCGAACUGCCCGGCUACAGUAAUGUUGGUGUUAGCCAAUUGACACUGUUUCAAAUUCGCAACCUUAUCAUUGGCUAUGGAGCACAUAUUCAGAAAUUGCAAGUAGCCGCAUUAUCAUUCAAACAAGAGAAUCGAUACCGCGUUCUGGAUUUAAUCAUCCGCAGUUGCACUGGCCUUAAAUCACUCUGUUUGACCGGGUUCUAUAUUAAGGAAAAUCUGUACCGUGUCAACAAUACGUUCUUCUCAAACUUGGAGGAGUUGUCGUUCAGCUUGUGUGAGUUGAAUGACAGUAUUCGUCGUGUGUUUUUGGAAUGUCACCAGCUGCGCAAAUUGACGAUUCAAUCGGAUUCGAAUUUGACGGGAUCGUGUUUGGCAAUACAAUUCGCACGAUUGGAAUCGAUAACGUUGAUCAUGAAUUCGGACAUUGAAGUGCGGCAUUUGUAUCAAUUCUUCAAGCUCAAUCGACAAUUGAAAUCGGUGAAAAUUAUCCAUUGCGGUGGUUGUAUCUUCGAUGAGAUCUUUCCACGGAUUGCGUCCAAUUUACCGGUAUUGGAAUCGCUCAUCAUUGAAGUGGAUUAUUUCCAGAAUUUCGUAAAAAAUAUCAUGGCUUUGCUGCGUUUGGAGAAUCUGCGUGAAUUGCAGUUGAAUUGUAGUAUGUAUUCCAUAGCAUCGUUUGUUGAGGCACUUGCCGCCAAAGGUAAAAUCGAAGUGCUUCACCUAUCCGACGGAUUGCUCAAUGACAAUCUGAUCGAUGCGAUUGCCAAGUGCAAAAAGCUAACAUCGCUGAAAUUAUGCUCGAUGCCAUCGGUGCAUAAUCGCUUUUUGGCCGAAUUGGCCAAGAAUUUGCCUGAACUCAACGAUUUUCACAUUUCCAAAUGUCAAACACUGAACUCAACCGGACUGGUACAGUUUGCCACACUAACACCGAAAUUGAAAACGUUACACAUUAAUAAUUCCAGUGUGGAAAUCGAUGAUAAAUUCUAUCAGAGUCUGGCCACCGUGUACAAACAACGUGGCACACGAAUCACCAUCAGUCUUGGCAAAAUGACCGUCAAAAUUACACCCGAAGUUUUCAAGGAAUGCAAACCGUAUAUCAAACUCAUCAAGUCCAACGAUUAUUUCCUCUACGACGUCUUUGGCGAUGAAAUGUCAGAUAUUACUACGGACGAUGAUGAUGAUACCGAUUCCGACGAUGACAAUUGGAACGAUUACGAUAGCUAUGGUGACAUCUUUGAUGAUGACGAAUAUUCCGACUUGUUCGACUUCAAUCCAAACCAGUGGAAUUUUUUCAUCGACUAAAUUCAAACGAGCAAGCUGCUGAUUUAGAACAAAUUAUCACUUUUUUUUCAUUUUCAAACAGAAACAACCACAAAAAAUCGUUGCGGCAACGCAUUGAUAGUGUGAUAAAUACAUCGAUAAAUCGAGCUAAAUCAAUCAGUUCAAAAUAUGAUAUUCGGCUUUGUCAUCGACAAACACUCUUCGUCAAAGCCAUAAUAUUGUUCGUUCAACAGAAAAAAAGCAAAAAAAAAAAAUUCAUUCACUAAAAACACUCUGCGAAAGCGUAUUUUGGAAUUGUCGUUGAUUUGUCGAAUCGGGCGGCAAUCGAACGAAAACCUUAGGGAAUUUAUUAAUUUAGUACAAGACAAAUUCAAUUGUAAAAUGGCUAAAGGAAAAAAAUCGGAAAAUUUAUGCAUUUCUGUUAAUUUUCGCUCCAAAUGACCGAACAGACACCGAUUAUUUUCUCUUAUCAGUCAAUCGACGAUUGACAAUUGAUUCAAUCGUUGAUUUCUUCCUCAUUUACCAUUAACAACUUCCUCAUUUAUUUCUAGAAAAAAAAACUAUUCAACUUAAAAAAAAAAAAACGUAACUCAUUUAGUAUUGUAAAAUCAGCAAAAUUGUUCAAAAAAUUGUGUGUCAGUUUGAUCGUUUCCAUUCGAAUCGAUCGACCUUUAUUUAGACUAAGACUCCCCUUUUUUCCGUUUAAAUCUGUUAGUUGUGUCAAAUAAUGUGUUGAAUCGCUUUGUUGGCGCUGUCAGUAUUUAGUUAUUAAGUUAUCAAUUUGUCGAGCGCAGUUGAACGCAACCCCAUCAAGCGUGUAACUGGAUUCUCGCUCAAUGACGUAAAGCCUUUGGCUUCAAGAAAAUAUCAACAAUUAUUGUUUUAUAAUUACUCCGUUCUAUAAUUCUUCGUUAUUUCAAACUAUUAACCAUGUCGAAAAUUUAAGUUAGGUUAACCGUUAAAAACACACCUCACAAAUGAACCAUUCGAAUUGAAAUAAAUAUGUUUGCGGCCGUUAUUCAAUGCCAAUUUCAAAAUGCGCAUCAAAUUGUUUAGUGGAUUUUCUCAGGAUCACAAAUAAAAAAUUGUUUCAUUCAACACUUUGAAGAAGAAGAAAAAUACCUAUGAAAAACUUCAAAAGAGAAAAAAAAACAACCAAUUGUGUAUUGAAAAAGAUUAAGGCUUAAUAAAAAAAAAACCUUCUGGCAGGAAUCUCCUACGACAUAGUUCGAAAUGAAUCAAAUUUGGAGUCUAUAUCAUGUAAAGUCUAUCAGUUAUUGAAAGAGAGAAAAGCAAAAAAAUAUGAUCGCUUCAGAAAAAUUCAAAUUUCGCUCCAGAAAAAAAAAAACAAAAAUCAACCUCAAACAAUUUAGAAUUGUAAAAAUUUAAGUUUUCAAAUUUGAUUUUUAUAAUGCAUUAGUAAAAAAAAAGGUUUUAGAAAUAAAAACCCUUCUUAUUACAACAAAAA